AUAGAUGGGAGGGUCAGGCCGCUGUUUCUCAGUUUCAAACACACAGUGUAUUUCCAAAUCGUGCAUGGACAUUAAGUGAACGCCGAAAGUAGUGGUUGUUUGUGGACUCUUCCCGUGUUAGACGGGUCAUGCUGUCUUCGUAAAGGUAAUGAGCCGCAAAGUCCUCGGGUCUCGGCUGAGCAGCGCCCACAAACUGCAUCGAAGCUGGAAUGACUGGCAGCCCAGAGGUGACAGUGUGUCAGCCAGCCAGGAAGGUGUGAAGUGCAGUGUCUCUAGAGACCACUGUUCAGGAGUUCUUUUUGAUACUCUGCCCUCUGACCAGUCUGGCACCCCACCAUUGCACAAUGAAGCCUUCACUUCUGCAGAAGAAGGAGGUGGAUAUGAUGCUGAUGGAGGCCUCUCUGAAAAUACUUAUGGUUGGAAGUCGCUGGGGCAAGAGUUGAGGAUCAAUGAUGUGACCACUGAUAUAACCACUUUUCAGCAUGGAAACCGUGCUUUAGCUACAAAGGACAUGAGGAAAUCACAGGACCGACCGUUGGCUCACUCUGAGGAGUCUCGUCUGGCCAAUCUUCUGCGGAGAGCAUCACGGGAAGAUGACCGGGAACGCAGACUGUCCACAAUGAAACAAAUGAGAGAGUUCAUUGUGCACUCAGAAAAUAAAGUGGUCCUAGUAAAACAGUUGGAUUCCAUUUUGAGCACCCUGAAUGACAUUUUGAAUGAGAGUAGUAAGCUCCUGCACGAGCUCAGACAGGAGGCUGCAUGCUGUCUGGGACUUCUCUGUGCCGCCCUCAGUUAUGAAGCCGAGAGGAUGUUCAAGUGGAUGUUCCUCAAGUUCAGUGUGUCCACAAAGGAUGAGGUGAAGCUUCUCUACCUGGUGGCAGUGCACAAAGCACUUGAAACUGCAGGGGAAAAGAAGGCUUUUUCAACUGUAAUGCAGUUUGUGAUGAGCAGCCUUCAGUCUAUCUUGGAGAACUUGGACACACCAGAACUGUUGUGCCAAAGUGUGAAGUGCAUUUUGCUAUUGGCCCGUUGCUAUCCACACAUUUUCAGCACCAACUUCAGAGAUACAGUGGAUAUUUUAGUGGGUUGGCAUAUAGAUCACACACAGAGACAGUAUCUUACUCAACAGGUGUCUGGCUGGUUGCAAAGUCUUGAACAGUUUUGGGUGGCGGAUUUGACCUUCUCGACCACAUUAUUGGGUCAAUUUUUGGAAGAUAUGGAAGCAUAUGCUGAGGAUUUGAGUCAUGUAUCUGGAGAAUCAGGCGAUGAGGACAUUCCCCCUCCCACAGUAUCUCUGCCAAAGCUGGCAGCCCUGUUAAGAGUCUUUAACACUGUUGUGCACAGCAUCGGAGAACGAUUCAACCCUAUCCGAGGACCCCCAAUCACUGAGGCAUAUGUCACUGAUGUUUUGAACCGUGUCUUGGCUUGCGUUGUCACAGCCAAGCAGGUGUUCUUCUCAGAGGCAGUGCUGACAGCAGGAAAUGAGUGUGUGUGUGUUCUGCUGGUUAGCAUGGAUUUAGGCAGCCAACUUAUUGAUGCCAUAACCUCUUAUGGCCUAGACCAGCUGGACUGCUGCCAAUGCUGCGGACCAGAAUACAGCAUGUCUGUGCUCACCCUGCUUACACUGACUGUAGACCAGAUAAACACCAAACUCCCAGCCGCAUUUGUGGAAAAGUUACUGGCCCCAAAUUCCCAACUUUUGGAGCUGCGUUUCCACAGAGAGAGAGGGGUUAUGGUAGCAGCACAUGGUGUGUAUCAUGCUGUGCUGAGCCUGAAGAACAUUCCCAUCCUGGAGGCAGCUUAUAAACUGGUGUUGGGUGAGAUGGGUUGUGCGCUGAACAGUUUGCAGAGUCCUCUGGGUCUACCUGAUGCCUGUCCUCAUAUACAACACCCUGCCUUCAGCCAGCUGCAGUUCAGCCCACAGAGAGCAGAGUUUAUCCUCAUCUUCAACCUCAGUGCUCUCACCACCAUUGGCAACAUCAAGAACUCCCUCAUCGGGAUGUGGGCAUUGUCUCCUACUGUGUUUGCCCUGCUCAGUCAGAAUUUGGUUGUUGUUCAUUCUGAUUUGGCGGUUCAUUACCCUGCUGUCCAGUAUGCAGUUCUCUACACCCUAUACUCGCACUGCACCAGACACGAUCACUUUAUCUCAAGCAGCCUGAGCUCUUCGUCCCCAUCACUUUUUGAUGGUGCUGUCAUCAGCACUGUUACCACGGCAACCAAAAGACAUUUCAGCACGCUCCUUAAUUUGCUGGGUAUGCUGCUCAGCAAGGAUCAUCUCAACCCUGAGGCGAGGAAGCUGUUACUCACUUGGUCCUUUGAGGUGUCUCUGAUGAUGAAGAAAUUUGAAACGUACUCCCCCCUGUUCUUACUCCCAUCCUUCAAAAAAUUCUGCAAAGGGUUGCUAGUGAAUUCUUUGAAUGAGGACCCCACCAUAUGUCUGCAGGCCUGCAACAGUCUCCAGGUUCUGUCUUCCUCCUUAUCCACAGAGCUUCUCCAGAGGUGUGUGGACGUGUGCCGAGUUCAGCUAGUCCACUCUGCAGUCCGAGUGCGGCAGGCCUUCGGGAAAUUGCUGAGAUCCAUUCCUAUUCAUGUUGCACUUAGCUUGUCUCCCAGCAGUGCCCAUGUUCACUCUGAGAUUAAGGAGAUCUCUCUGGCCAUCCGCCGACACAUGAGCAAAGUGCCUAGCAACACCUUCCACCCACAGGACUUCUCUGACCUCAUUGGAUUUAUUCUCUAUGGAACUGUCCACCGUGGGGGUAAGGAGCCGUGGUUGGAGAGGCUAUACCACAGCUGUCAGCGGCUGGAGAAGAAAGACUCGGCCAUGGUGCCUCGUGCCCUUCUAAAAACAGAAGCAGUGCUGUGGCAGUGGGCGGUGUGGGAGGCUGCUCAGUUCACUGUGCUCUCCAAGCUCCGCACCCCUUUGGGGCGAGCCCAGGACACCUUCCAGACCAUAGAGGGUAUGAUCCGCAGUCUGGCGGCUCACAGUUUAAACACGGAGCAGGAGUUGAGCCAGUGGAGUGGAGGAGAGAGUGAUGAGGGUCACCAUACCAAUCAGCUCCGCCUAGCACUGCUACUGCAGUUCCUGGAGAACCUUGAGAAACUCAUGUACAACGCUUAUGAAGGCUGCGCUAGCGCACUAACUGCACCACCAAAGGGCAUUAGAACGUUUUUUUACACAAACCGACAGACGUGCCAGGACUGGCUCACCAGAAUUCGUUUGGCUCUGAUGAGGGUAGGCCUUCUCUCUGGUCAACCGGCAGUCACAGUCCGUCACGGCUUUGACCUGUUCACUGAAAUCAAAAAUAGCAGUGCACAGGGUCCAGAGAUGGAGGUGCCAAUCACCAUGCUGGUGGAUGCAUUGUGUGAGCUGCGAUGUCCUGAGGCCAUACAGGGUCUGGCAGCCUGGAGUCUUGCUAACACUGGCAAGAGCAUGUGCUGGCUGGGCUCAGUGGCACUUCAGGCAGAGGGAAAAUUUGAGAGGGCAGCUUUGGAGUACCAAGAGCAUUUGUGUGCCGUCACAGGAAUGGACUGCUCCAUUAAAGGAUUUGAUCCCUCCCUACUCAAGCUCACUGGCACCAACACCUCUAGCCCAAAACACACUAUGAGCGGAGAUGGAAGAAAGACUGUUAUGUUAAAGCCCAGUGAGUGUUCUCCAGAGGUGCUGAGCUUUCUGGCUAAUAAGGCGUGUGAGUGUUAUGUGGCUUUGAGUGAUUGGGAGUCUGUGCAGGAGUGGCAGGUCAGCAUGAUGAACCUCAAAAAGAACAGCAGUAUCUCCAGUGUGAACCUCAAGACAGACUUUAACUACAUCAGAGCAUUGAGCAGGUUUGAGGAAGGGGAUUUUGCAGAGUGUUGUGCUCAGCUGGAGUUGUUGCCUGGGGAGGAUUAUGGCCUUCUCAACUCUACAACCAAAGACAAGAUCGAUCUGAAGAGGCUCCUGCCUGCUGUGUUGAGUCCAGACCCCUCAGAGCUUCAAAAAGCCAUUGAGGUACAACUGCUCAGAAGUGCUGUGGGAGCCAUCACCUCAACCAAUCACGAACAGGACCAGAAGGUUCUCGCCUCAUCGGACACGCUGGUAAAGUACCUGAAGCAGACUGGUCGCAUCUCUCUGGGUCCCCUGCGUCUCUCCACUCUCACCCUGUCUGACUCCCUACCUACUCUCAGCACCCUACAGCUGCACUGUGCCAACUCUCUGGAGAACUCCCUUUGUAAUCAACACCCCUCAGAGGACUGUCUAAUUCCACUUUUCAGUGAAGCCUUGAGCUCUUGCAAGCAGCAGGAUGUUCAGCCAUGGCUACAUGCUCUCCGAUACACCGCUUUCCAGCGGCAGCUCUUCCAAAGACUCAAAGGUUCCUCUGCUCCAGUGGAUUCUCAUCUGAUGGAGCUUUGUCUUACGGCAGUGAAGUUUGCUCGUAAGCAAGGUAAUAUCGCCCUGGCCACACGACUGCUGGGCCAGUGCAGCAAGCCAUCAGACGACUCUGAAGGCCAGGACCUGAUGCAACGCUUCAAGCAGCUGUCACUAGAAGGCACUGUGGGAGAGAAGUGGGGACCAGAGCUGGAGAUUGAGAAGGCUAAAGUUCUGUUUGCUGCUGGUCAAUCCAUAUCAGCUAUGGAAAUGCUGAGCUCCUGUGCACUAUCCUACUGUAACUCUGGGAAGUGUGAGAGUGCGGCCUGUCGCUCUGUGCUCACUCUGUGCAAGUGGCUUUUGGCUGACUGGAAGGAUUUAACACCACAACUCAAAAUAGUGGUGAAGAGGAACUCUGGGUCUACCAGCCUCUCCACCCUCUCCAGAAACAUCUCUGGCCUUUUGGAGCUGCCACUAGAGGAUCAGGGAAUGCCACACAUUACUACAGAGACCACAGUCAGUGUUGGUGUUGGGGAGCCAGACUUUGUCCUAGGGCAGCUGUACCAGCUUUCAACUACCCAGGCUCCUGAAGUGGCAAAAUCAUGGGCUGCUCUGGCCACCUGGGCGUACAGAUGGGGCAGGAAGGUUGUUGACAAUGCAAGCCAAGGAGAGGGGGUCCCUCUGCUCCUUGGUGAGAAGAAAGAAAUUGAGGAGUUGCUCCCAGCAGGCACCAUUGUUGAGGACAAGGAAACCAUUUUCAGCAUUUUGGGUCAGGCCAUGUGUCGCCCAGCAGGAAUUCAGGAUGAGGACAUGGCUCUGCAGAAUGAAGAUGAUGAUGAGGACGAUAUGGUGGAUGUUAUUGGCAGACAGCUGCUAAGUGCCUGUCCAUGGCUGUCAGAGGUAGAGGAAAGUGUGACUGAUGGGCUGAUUGGGGUGUGGAGGCGAGUGGUUGAUCGGAUCUUCAGCCUGUACCGGGUCUCCUGCAGUGCAUACUUCACCUUCCUUAAACUCAAUGCUGGACAGAUGCCCAUUGAUGAAGAUGAUCCCAAGCUUCUCCUGAACAACCAGAGCAGCAAACAGAGCAGCGAUGAUGUAAUUGUCAUGGCAACCCUUCGUCUGUUGCGUUUGCUGGUGAAGCACGCUGGGGAGUUGAGAGAGAGUCUGGAGCACGGUCUGGCAUCCACCCCCACUGCACCCUGGAGAGGUAUCAUCCCUCAGUUAUUCUCUAGGCUGAAUCAUCCUGAGGCCUACAUUCGCCAGAGCAUCUGCAGCCUACUGUGUAGGGUGGCCCAAGACUCGCCCCACCUCAUCCUCUACCCAGCCAUUGUGGGCUCCAUCUCUCUCGGGGGAGAGGCUCAGGCUGCAGGUAAUAAGCUGCCAUCAUCCCUGCCUACCCUGCUGGGUAACAUGCAGGGAGAGGCUCUUUGUGGAGGAGAGAGUGAGACUGGCAGUGGCCCAACUUCUCAGGAGAGUAGCCGUGGGGAGGAGAUGGUGAUGUAUUCUAGUGAGGACCAAGCAAUGAUGCAGGACUGCUACAGCAAGAUUGUAGACAAGCUGUCUGCUGCCAAACCCACCAUGGUGCUACAGGUGCAGAUGUUGGUGGGUGAGCUGAGGAGGGUAACUUUGCUCUGGGAUGAGCUCUGGCUGGGAGUCUUGCAGCAGCAACACAUGCACGUCUUGCGCAGGAUUCAACAGCUGGAGGAUGAGGUGAAGAGGGUCCAGAACAACAAUACUCUGCGCAAAGAUGAGAAGGUGGCUAUUAUGAGAGAGAAACACUCAGCUCUGAUGAAGCCUGUGGUUUUUGCACUGGAUCACGUUCGCAGCAUCACAGCUGCUGCAACAGAGACACCUCAUGAGGCAUGGUUUCAUGAGACAUACGGACAGGCCAUCCACAAUGCACUUGAGAGGCUGAGAAACCCUCUCAAUCCAGCCAAUCCUGCCAGCAGCUGGGUGCCCUUCAAACAGAUCAUGCUGAGCUUGCAGCAGAGGGCGCAAAAACGAGCCAGUUACCUUCUGCGGCUGGAUGAGAUCAGCCCCCGCCUCGCUACCAUGACAAACACUGAGAUGGCACUGCCAGGGGAGGUGUCUGCUACUGAUGCAGUCACCAUCCAGAGUGUGGGCAACACCAUCACCAUUCUACCCACUAAAACUAAACCCAAAAAACUCUACUUCCUUGGCUCUAAUGGCAGAAACUAUCCUUACCUCUUCAAAGGACUGGAGGACUUGCAUUUGGAUGAGAGGAUUAUGCAGUUCUUGUCCAUAGUCAACACCAUGUUCACAAAGGUGAAUCAGAAGGAGAGCCCACGGUUCCACGCCCGCCACUACUCGGUCACACCACUCGGCACCAGAUCAGGACUCAUCCAGUGGGUGGAUGGAGCCACUCCUCUAUUCGGACUGUACAAACGCUGGCAGCAGCGUGAGGCUGUGCUUCAAGCUCAGAAGGCACAGGACUCCUUCCAGCAGCCCCAGAACCUUCCCAUGGUCCCCCGUCCCAGUGAACUGUACUACAGUAAGAUCGGCCCUGCUUUGAAAGCUGUCGGUCUCAGUUUGGAUGUAUCACGCCGUGAUUGGCCACUCAGCAUUAUGAGAGAUGUGCUACGGGAGCUGAUGGAGGCCACACCCCCUAACCUCCUGGCAAAGGAGCUCUGGUGCUCCUGUACCACCCCUAGUGAGUGGUGGAGUGUCACACAGUCUUAUGCCAGAUCCACUGCUGUGAUGUCAAUGGUGGGAUAUAUUAUUGGAUUGGGCGAUCGUCACCUUGACAACGUGCUGAUUGAUAUGACGACUGGCGAGGUGGUGCACAUUGACUACAAUGUCUGUUUUGAAAAGGGAAAAAGCUUAAGAGUUCCAGAGAAGGUUCCUUUCCGUAUGACACACAAUAUUGAGACCGCUUUGGGGGUCACAGGAGUGGAGGGCAUCUUUAGACUUUCCUGUGAACAGGUGAUCCAGAUAAUGCGGCGUGGUAGAGAGACACUCUUGACUCUCUUAGAGGCAUUUGUUUAUGACCCCUUGGUGGAUUGGACAGCUGGUGGGGAGGUAGGGUUUGCAGGGGCCGUGUAUGGGGGAGGAGGACAGCAGGCAGAGAACAAGCAGAGCAAGAGAGAAAUGGAGAGAGACAUCACCCGUAGCCUCUUUUCCUCCCGUGUAGCUGAGAUUAAGGUGAACUGGUUUAAAAACCGUGACGAGAUGACCGGUGUACUGCCACGAGUAGAGGAGGCUGUGGAUGAGUACCUAAGCAUCCAGGAGCAGCUCACACAAGCUGAGAAAUUGCAGCACAAGCUGCUGGAGGAGAUGGAGUUCCUGGAGGGAGCUGACACCAGAGCAGAUCAUCCAGUUCACACCCUGGAGCAUAGGUACUCAGAGCACACUCAGUUGCAGUCCAGGCAGAGAACUGUACAGGAUGCCAUUCAGGGGAAGUUGUCCGAUCUUGAUCAGUGGAUCUCUCAGUACCAGGCUGCCUUUGCCAGUCUAGAGGCCACCCAGCUUGCCAGCCUCCUGCAGGAGAUCAGUAGCCCUAUUGAUCUAGGUCCUCCCAGCUAUGUGCCAGCUACUUCCUUCCUGCAGAAUGCAGGCCAGGCACACCUGAUCAGCCAGUGUGAGGCUCUGGAGGCGGAGGUGAGCGCUCUUUUACAGCAGCGACGUUCGCAACUGCGUGGUUGUCUCGAGCAUCUUCACAGCUAUGCCACUGUUGCCCUGCUGUACCCCUGUGCAGUGUUGCACAGGCAUAGAGUCCACGCUUGGAAACAGUGGAUGGAGGAGCUUGUAUGUGACAUGACCGUGGAGCACUGCCAGAACAUCUAUCACCAGUAUGAAAUGCAGUUUGCCCCUCAGCCCCCUCCUGCCAUGUGUCCGUUCCUGUCCAGCAUCGAGAUGGCGCUGCAGCACAACGCAGCAGAGACCAACACUCGACUUCUACGGCAGGUGGAGCGUCUUAAGACAGAGGGCGCCAGUGUGCCUGUGUGUGAGGAGCAGCUGCAGGAGAUUGAACGCUGCAUCAAAGUCUUUCUGCAUGAGGACGCUGAGCUCGGCUCUUUCAGUUUGGCUGGAAUCAUCGUCUCUGCCCUCUGUGCCCUCACCAGACGUAACCUGGUGAUGGAGGGAGCCGCAGCGAGUGCAGGAGAGCAGCUGGUGGAGCUGACAUCCCGUGAUGGUGCCUGGUUCUUGGAGGAGCUCUGCAGUAUGAGUGGGAACAUUGCAUGCCUCGUGCAACUGUUGCAGCAGUGCCAGCUCUUGUCACAUGACCUGGACAUCCUUAGUCCUUCCGAAACCUCACAAGCUGUCUACCUGGCCAAUGGCGUCUAUACCUGCCUUCAGGAGCUCAACACAAACUUUCGUCAGAUUAUCUUCCCAGAGGCUCUGCGCUAUAUGCUAAAGGGGGAGAGCACGCUAGAGACCAUGUUAGCAGAGCUGGAUGCACUUAUUGAUCAGUGUGCAGAUGGAGUUUCAUUGCAGGGGUUAGGUGAGGUUUUGCAGGCCCACCUUCGUAACACUGCCAUGGGUAUAGAGGAGGAUGCAGACAACCACUAUCUGGAUGUCACCAGGGUUCUGCGGGCCCAGUACUCGGAACUGAUCCAGCCUCGCAGCAUGGAGAACUCUGUUCAGGAAACACCAAAGAUGAGUGCUGGUCAAAUGUUGUUGGUGGCUUUUGAUGGCAUGUUUGCACAGCUGGAGACUGCCUUUGGACUUCUGAUAGACAAGCUUAACUCUAUGGAUGUGCCUGCUGCCUGGAGAAAGGUGGAUGUGAUCCGGGAGGCCAGAGCUACUCAGGUCCAUUUCUUUGAUAAUGUGGAGUCAAGGCAGGUCUUAGAGCAGAUUUUCUUCCUGAGGAGACUCCAAACCAUCAGAGACUUCUUCUGUCUGUGUAGCUCAUUUGCUCAGACACUCUCUGGAACUUGCCCUACACCCACUGACGAGCCUCCACCCUCUAAUGGCCCAGUCCCCAUAGGGAAGCCUUUGUAUCGAGGCUCCACUGUGGUCAGCGAGGACCAGAUGACGCGGCCAAUCAAAGCCUUCACAGCAGACUUUGUGAGGCAGAUGCUGAUGGGCCUCCCUACCCAGGCUCUAGGCCUGGCCAUCUGCAGCACUCUCAGUGCCCUUGGAAUGGAUCUCAUUGCCCAGGUAGAGGCCAAGGACUUUGGUGCUGAGGGGAAAGUCUCUCUGGAUGACCUUUGUAAGAAAGCAGUUGAGCAGGGGGUGCAGGCAGGGCGUCUCUCCCAACUGCUGCUCAACAGAGCUACAGUGCUGGCCAGCUCCUAUGACACAGCCUGGAAAAAACUGGACCUGGUCCGACGUCUGGAGGUCAACAUCGAAGCCUGUAAAGUCAGCCUGCAGAGAACUCAGCUGCACAUUGCUAUGUUCCAGUGGCAGCAUGAGGACAUACUUGGUGCAAGAACUCAGCCUAUGACGGUUAGCCCCCCGCCUCGCACCAUCGUCCUCAGCAACAUGAAGAAGAAGCUCUACAAACUCAGUCAGGACGAAGCUUCUAUUGCUGGUGUCCAGGAAAAAUUGGCUGCUCUAGAGGGCAGCAUAGAGCAGAGGCUGAAGUGGGCUGGUGGUGCAAACCCAGCCCUGGCUCCAGUUCUGCAGGACUUUGAGGCCACUAUAGCAGAGCGCCGUGCCUUGGUGAUGAAGGAGAGUCAGCGUGCCAACCAGGUCACUUUUCUCUGCAGCACCAUCCUCAACUUUGAAGGCCUGCGUACCCGCACAGCAGAAGCCUUGAACAUGGAUGCCACCCUUUUUGAACUGGCUAAACGAUGCCAGUCCACCUGCUCUUACGCUGCCCAGUUCAGCACCACUGUUUCACCUCUGGAGCUUCAACUGCUGCACAGGCUGAGUCCUGCCAUGGAUCUGUCCAUUGGUGGUCCUGAGUGGCUGGUUUUUGCACAGAAUCACCUCACCCAGGAGAUGUCCAGUCAGAGAGACAUGCAAGAGGAGAGAGAGCAACAGCUGGAGAGAGUGACCGAGUCUCUGCAGCUUCUGGUGGACACCAUUAAAGGCAUUCUGUCUAAUCACAAUCGGCAGCUUGCUGAUGUGAAGCACCUUUUGCGUGCAAUGGCAAAGGAUGAAGAAAAUGCCCUUGCGGAGGGAGAGGAAGUGAAUUAUGAUGGCAGUGUGCGGCAGUUCCUGUCGGAAUACAAGGCAUGGCAGGACAAUGUACAGAUAGUGUUGUUCACUGUUGUGCAAGCAGCAGGUCAACCCUGCAGCCAAGAUCAGGUUGAGCUAUUGCAGGAGAUCCCUGCCACAUUGAAGGAACUCAAGGUGCAGAGCGUGAGCAUCUACAAUGGCUUGGUGGGCUUUGCCUCUCCCCUUGUUACUGAGAGAGGAAGUGACUGUGCAAGUCCCACUUCCACAGUCCAGACCAGCUUUGCUGCUGCAGUGCGCUGCAGUGGAUUGAAAACUCAGCCUGAUUGCAUGUCUCAGAAUGCCCGCAAAGCUCUUCCUCGUAACUUUGGGACUCCGGUGGACACUCCCCCCAGCACUCUGAUGAUCACCAGUAAAGGACUGGCCCCGAGCCCCAAAAGAGCUGUGCGAGAUCCUAAAACUGGGAGAGCUGUUCAAGAGAGGAAUUCUUAUGCAGUUAGUGUGUGGAAGAGAGUGAAAGCCAAACUGGAAGGGAGAGAUGUGGAACCUAACAGGAGAAUGAGUGUCACCGAGCAGGUGGAUUAUGUCAUCAAGGAGGCUACAAAUGUGGACAACCUGGCACAGUUGUACGAAGGAUGGACUGCAUGGGUGUGAACGGGAUCCUUGGAGAUCACUUUGGUCCAGCGAGGUUAGAAAUCCACCAAAAUCCACUGGGUCUGGGGCAAUGGAGCCACAGAGCACCAUGCGGGAAAGGGGGUGUGUAGAGACCCUCCCCCGGGCCCACACCGGAUCCCAGUAGUAGCACAGCUGCAUCAGGCGAUCCAGCUUACACAAAGAAAUGGGUCUGCAUCUGUCUCCUUGAGAUUUGUGGGUAGUUCUCCAAGAUGGGGUGGCGGGGUGGGGGGCCAUGGCACACCACUUGAACUACCCCCCCCCCACCAACCCCUGUAUCAACAACCAUAAACAUCUGUCAACUAUCAAAAUUAAUAGGAUUUUCCGCAGGAAAAUUUGCGGGAGACAGUUUAACCAACUCCCAGUCUUAGAGCAGAGGUCUGCAUUAAUUAGGCAGUUUUUAGACUACACUUGUGAGAGAGUGGAAGGAAGGGUGAUCCAGUCAUUGUGGGAUCCUCAGGACUAUGUUUUUGGAUGGUUCGGGGUCAGGCACCGAGAUAAAGCUAAGCUGUGUUCUUCUGAAGCAGGUAUGGAGGGCUGUGUAACCAGAAGGCUCAAGGGACUCCAUUCAACGUCAGAAGGCCUGUGGCAGACCUUAGAGUGCUUAACCACAAAAAAACCCUUUUCCCCUUAAGUAUAUAUAGGAAAAUGCUGAAAAACUUUUUACACCUUCACUAAUGUCAUGCAAAGAUUUCACAAGAAAAAGGCAAAUUAUGAAGUGGCUUUGGGAACAUUUACUUGUAUGUUUUUGAAUGUUUGGCACAAUGAAUAAUGUGCUUUGAAUUGGUAAGUGCUCAGUCUGAGGUCUCUUUGAUUUGUUCCUUUAGAAAGUUGAAUGCUGAAAUGAGGCCCAGACUUGAUAUGGUGAGAUGUGCAAAUCAGUUUCUAAAUGUUUUUUUUUUUCUUUUGCAUCUCUAAUCUUGUUUGAGUAUUGUUGAUUCUAUCUCCCUUCUUUACUAUGGAUUUUGUCUAGAUUUUUCCUUUUUUGACUUGCCUGUGGAAGUGUAUCAGUUCUGAUACAUGUCCCAAUUAAAGCUUGCGUUUUACUGAUCUUGACCUAGUUUUACAUUUUUAGUGGGAGAAAUAAGUAUUGGAAUAGUGAUGUGGUGAUGGUUAAAUUGUUGUCUUAAUGGUUUUACUCCAUUUUGUUGGUCAAAUAAACACAUAAUUAAAAAGUUUUGGUGUUCUUACAAGCAUUUGCUUGGAUUUCUGUCUUUGUUCAUGAAUUGCCUGAUUCUCUUAUAUUUAGG